AAACUAAAGAUUACACUGUUUUAAACAAUGAGACUUUUGGCAUAACAAUGGGAGCCAUUAUCUCCAACCUCACCAAUAAUAUUGAAAUGACUAUUAAACUGAAGACUUCGGUCGGUAAUGUGUCAUGCACAUCUUGGGAUGGCAAUGGGAAUCUUGAGUGGACAACGUUUGGCUGUGAGACAGAAAUGCUCAACAAUUACACCAUAAAGUGUUCAUGUUCACAUCUGACUUUCUUUGCAGUGCUGAUGUCUGUGCCUAAUGCAAACGCUGUAGCACCGUAUCUGGAUUCACUGACCCUCAUCUCUUCUAUUGGCUGCGGGAUCUCUGUGUUUUUUCUGGCCAUCGCUCUGUUCAUGCAUUUCCUGCUGCGGAAAGCCAAAUCCAAUCAGGCCACAAAGAUCCUGAUCAACAUAUUAGUGGCCCUUUUUCUCCUGAAUGUGUCUUUUCUGUCAAACGAGAGCGUGGCAAACUCAGGAGACAAGAAUGCUUGUGUCUUCAUAGCACUGCUAAUGCAUUACUCCAUGCUGACCACAUUCACCUGUUCUUCAUUCAAGCUCUUCAUAUGUACUUAUGGCUCAUCCGACAGAACGUCUCUAUCACAAACUACAUGA